UUAUCACACAUUAAAACUCCCCAAAACAAGAAUCCCCUUCUUUGUAGUGUGGAAAAAAAAAACUAAUAGUAAAGAUGAUGCAGUCAGAGGAUCUGCAAUUCCAAUGGCCAUUCUUUGAAGACAUGAACUCAACUUUUGAUCAAGGUGUUGAGUCCUAUGGUUUCACCACCAUGGAUGACCAUGUUGGUAAUUGUGAACCUUAUGGCUUCACUAUGGAUGACCAUGUUGGUAAUUGUGAACCUUAUGGCUUCACUAUGGAUGACCAUGUCGGUGAUUGUGGCCUCAGUACUCUAUUGAGCACUCCAGGGGAUUCUACUUCUGAAAUUUGUUCCAUCCCCUUUCCUUCCUCCCCCAUGUUCUCCAAUGAUCAUAUUCAUAUCCAAUACCCAAUCAAUGAAGAAACCAUGGACCUUCCAUCACUGAUGGAAUUGGAUGAUUUUUAUUCCAUCUUGGAUACUCAAAUUAUUAGUAUUCAAGGUCAUGGAGAAAGUGAAGGGAGCUUCUUCCCUUCACAGAAUUUGUCAAGUGAGGUGGAAAAUGCAUGGAGUCCAACCCCAUCUGUGAUGUCAGAAUUGUCCACAAAUCAAACAUCACCAUUGACCUUACCACUAGAAAACAUGGAAAUUGAAAAACAAGUGAGCCUUCCACACUUGUUGAAGGCCUAUGGAGAAGCCUUGGAGCAAGGACAAAAAGCACUGGAAGAAGUGACUUUGAGGCGCAUAAGCCAGAAAGCUAGUCCACUUGGUGAGUCUUUAGAGCGCUUUGCAUUCUACUUGUCCCAAGGCAUGACAAAUCAUGGAGACUAUCUCAAAGGGGAGGCCUUCAAGAACUUUGGGAUUACUUUGAGGGCACUCUAUCAAGGAUUCCCAAUUGGGAAAAUUGCUCACUUUGCAGCUGUUUCAACAAUUCUUGAAGCCAUGCCACAAGAUUAUGAUGUUGUGCACAUAGUGGACUUUUGUAUUGGACAUGGUGUUCAAUGGCCUCCAAUGAUUGAGGCUAUUGCACACAUGCACAAAACAUUGAAAUUGACAACAAUCAAAUGGGGUGGUGAGGGUUCUGAAUGUGUCUCUAGUCCAUGCAAUUUUGAUGAAACUAGAAGGCAGCUCUAUGAGCAUGCCAAAUCCUGUGGUUUGAAGUUGAAGGUAGAGGAGAAAGGCGUGGAGGAAUUGGUUACUGAGAUUAAGAAAAUGAACAAAAAAGGUGGGAGGAGAGAGUUUUUGGCCUUCAAUUGCAUGAUUGAUCUGCCACAUAUGGGAAAAGUAAGGAGCAGAAAAAAUGCCUUGCAGUUUCUAAGGGUAGCUGAGGAAUUGAUCAACACCUCUGGCAACAGGGGAAUUAUCACUUUUGGGGAUGGGGGUGCUUUUGAGAAAGUGAAAAAUAACUUGAAUUUCUGGUCAUUUUUUUAUGGACACUUGGUGCAUUACCAAAUCUUGUUAGAAUCAAUGGAAUCACAUUUUCCAACCCGUUUCUCAGAAGUGAGAAUUGCCAUGGAGCAAUUAUUUUUACAACCUUGCAUCUCUUCUCUUGAUUGGUUACAAACAUGGGAGGAGAUGAAAAGGGGUGACCAUCUUGAGGCAGAGACUAGCUUAGAAGGUUGCCAAUUAAGCAAAAAUAUCUUAAUGGAAAUCAGAGAAGUGUUGAGAGAAAGUGAAGGUUCCUAUCAGGCCAAAAUUGAAGGACAACAUGACAAUGAACUAGUUUUGGAGUACAAAGGAACUCAACUAUUAAGAUUUUCAACUUGGAAAAACUAAAGCUAAAUGGUUAAGGACUAAGGAGUUGAAAAUACUGAGUGUAUACUAAUCAAAAUUAUACAAUUAAAUGGUAGUAGUUAUUGUAAUUUGUACAGAUUCAUGCCACAUCAGUCAUAUGUACCCCCAAAAAUUAUAUAUAGACGUAUAUUCUUUUUCCCCAUAA